CAUCGAUCGGUACUUGCGCCCGAUUUAAGUGUCACGCAAAGCUUGAAAAGCUGUAAAGAGGUGUUUGUUUGAUGAUUGCUUACCUUCUUGCUUCCCUCGACCGUGACUGUGAGAGCUCAUUUUCACCGUUUCUCGUGUGGAUGUAUCAGCGGAUUAAAAAGUUCAAAAAUGGCCAAACCACCACCACCUUUGUUCAGUAUGAAAGGUAGUAUGGAAGCGGUUCACAGCCUAGCAUUCAAACUUGACGAUAAAAUACCAUUGUUGUUUGCGGGAACACAAAGUGGUCAUCUCCAUAUAUGGAACUUGCAGGUAAAUCGAGAAGAAGCCAAAUUUUCUUUCGGGACAGACCCUAUUUUAUCGAUACACUAUGUAAAUAAAAAAUUGAUAACUCAGACGAAAGUUGGAUUAUUUGGAGUUUGGGAAGAGGAGAACUCUCAGUGGAUUUUGAGGCAAUCGCUUCCUCAAAAUUUUCUCAGUUUCUGCAAAUCAGUGACCAGUCUCUUAGAAGCAAAACCUGUCUUAGCUUGUGCAGACUCUGAUUCUUUGAUUCAAAUUUUUUCACUAGAAACUUAUACGAAUUUAUUUUCAUUGAAGAAUGAUUCGGCAGAAAAACUGGGUGAGGUAAUGGCGUUGAGAUUCACGACAAUAGAAGGCAAAUUGUUCCUGUUAGCCGUUUAUGAGAAUUGCUCAUUAUUUUUAUGGGAUAUGCAGCGCAAGACAAUUCUUAGUAAGCUUAAGAUUAGUGAAGAAUGUCCGAUGGCCCUUGACUAUGAUGAAAGUUCUAUGAGGGGCAUCUGCGGUAGCAGUGAUGAAAAUCUUUCUCUAUUUACUAUUGGUGAAUCACAAGAUUUAAAAAAGAAACUUGUAAUUAAAUUGACCAAUCCUGGUAUUAGCUGUAUCAAGAUUCGUCCUGAUAAAAAAAUAGUCGCUGUAGGAUGUUGGGAUGGUAUGAUUCGUUUGUACUCAUGGCGGAGUUUGAAAUUAUUGGCUGUGCUGGAUCACCACGAUAGCACAAUUCAUGAUGUUUGCUUUUCCGAUAGACCUGUGGCAUCCUGGAAAACGAAUAUUCUAUUGGCAGCAGCUGGCAAAGAUUGCAAAAUAUCAAUCUGGGAUUUAUACAAUGCUACCUGAUCAAUAGCGACUACACCCUUGUACCAUUGACUGUUAAAUUUGAACUUACGAUAGAAAACGUUUAUUUUUUUUUUUUUUUAGAUAGUGUAUGGGUCAGGUAACUUUUGUUUGUUCGAUUCAAAGUAAAAUUUAUGUAAAAUUUACAUUAAACAAUUUAUGGCAUAAAAUUAUCAAAAUGUUUGUCAAAUUAAUUAAUCAGUCAAAUUGAUGCUAAAUACAAAAUCAUGUAUAUACCUAU